CCUGAGCGGCCUGGCCGAGCCAUGGCGGCCCCGGGAGAAGCGCCGGGAGAGGCGCUCCGGGCCGUGCUGCGGCCCAGCGGGGCCCUCCCGGCCGAGGCCCUCCCGGUGCGCGGCUACGACUUCUCGGGCGGAGCGGACCACGCGGCGCUGCUCCGCUCCUUCCGUACCACCGGCUUCCAGGCCACGAGCUUCGCGCAGGCGGUGGCCGAGAUCGAGCGGAUGAUCGCGGCCAAGCUGGAGCCGCUGAGCGCGGAGCAGCGCGACCGAGCGGCCAUGGCCGGGCCGCGGCCGCCGUCGGGCUGCACCAUUUUCCUGGGCUUCACCUCCAACCUCGUCAGCUCCGGCGUCAGGGAGAGCAUCCGCUACCUCGUGCAGCACGGCAUGGUGGACGUGCUGGUGACCACGGCCGGGGGGGUCGAGGAGGACCUGAUCAAGUGCCUGGCGCCCACCUACAUCGGGGACUUCCACCUGCGGGGCCGGGACCUGCGGGAGAACGGCAUUAACAGGAUCGGGAACCUGCUGGUGCCCAAUGACAACUACUGCAAGUUUGAGGACUGGCUGAUGCCCAUCCUGGAGCGGAUGGUGGACGAGCAGGACACGCAGGGCGUGCGGUGGACGCCGUCCCGGAUGAUCGCCCGCCUGGGCAAGGAGAUCAACAACCCCGAAUCCAUCUGUUACUGGGCCCAGAAGAACAAAAUCCCGGUGCUGAGCCCGGCGCUCACCGAUGGCUCCCUGGGGGACAUGAUCUUCUUCCACUCCUACAAACGCCCGGGGCUAGUGCUGGACAUCGUGGAGGACCUUCGCCUCAUCAACACCCAGGCCAUCUUCGCCCACAAGACCGGCAUGAUCAUCCUGGGCGGGGGCCUGGUCAAGCACCACAUCGCCAACGCCAACCUGAUGAGGAACGGCGCCGAUUUCUCCGUCUACGUCAACACGGCGCAGGAGUUCGACGGCUCCGACUCGGGCGCGCGGCCGGACGAGGCCGUGUCCUGGGGCAAGAUCCGCGUGGACGCCACCCCGGUCAAGGUCUACGCCGACGCCUCGCUCGUGUUCCCGCUGCUCGUGGCCGAGACCUUCGCCCGGAGCGCCGACGCCUUCGCGGUGCCCGUGGGGACCCCCGAGGCCUGAGGGAUCCCCUGGGCUCAGCUCUGGGUGUGCUGAGCCCCCCCUCCCCCUCCCAGCUCUGCAGAGGGUGGGGGACAGGGCCCCCCACACCUGCACCCCCCCUCUCGUGUGUCCCCCUUCUCCCCGUCCCCCUCGUGUUUAUCGUAUUUAUUUAUUUGAGCUCCCAAUAAAGCACGGC